UAAUGCACACUAACCAAGCUCUGUAUGAUUGAUUCAAUAUGGUUAAUUAAACCCUAACCCUAAAUCACGACAGCAGUUUUUGGGGGUUUUUGAUGGUUGUAAGGGUACACUGUAGAGGGAUUGACGAAGAUGGAGAACAACAUUGAAGAUGGCAAGCUCAAUCGUCAGCUCCACGCACUCAUCGUCGCUCAUCUUCGCGACAGCAAUCUCAAUCAGGCUGCAAGUGCUGUUGCUUCAGCGACGAUGACGCCCUUGGAUGUGGAGGCCCCUCCUCAUAAGCUUCUCGAACUGUUUGCUAAGGGUCUUGCAGCGGAGAAGGAAGACAUGUUAAGAGGAGUGUCAUCGACUGUAAUGUAUGACUUGGGGGCUUCAAUUCCUGCCGGAUAUGGCUCCAUCCCGGCUCCACGCGCUGCCUCUAUCGAUUUCAGUGCUGUGCAGGAUAAAAAAGGCACAUCAAAGAAUUACAGAAAGCAUGAAACCCGGCAUCUUUCUGAGCACAAGAAUGUUGCCAGGUGUGCACGGUUUAGUCCUGAUGGGCGGUUUGUUGCAACUGGAAGUGCAGACACAUCAAUUAAGCUUUUUGAGAUUUCAAAAGUCAAGCAAAUGAUGCUUCCAGAUACAAAGGACGCCCCAGUUCGACCAGUUAUAAGGACAUUUUAUGACCAUAUACAACCAAUAAACGAUCUGGAUUUCCAUCCUCAUAAUACUAUACUGAUAUCAGGGGCCAAAGAUCACACAAUAAAGUUCUUUGAUUUUUCAAAAGCUACUGCAAAGAGAGCUUUCAGAUUUCUCCAGGACACUCAUAAUGUUCGUUCUGUUAAUUUUCAUCCUUCUGGAGAUUUCCUUCUAGCAGGAACUGAUCAUCCUAUUCCACAUUUGUAUGAUGUCAACACCUUUCAGUGCUAUCUAUCAGCGAAUGUCCCAGAUAUUGGUGUAAAUGGAGCCAUAAAUCAGGUGAGAUAUUCCUCUACAGGUAGCUUGUAUGUUACGGCAUCUAAAGAUGGUGCUGUUAGGUUGUGGGAUGGGGUGAGUGCCAGUUGUGCACGCUCAAUAGUUGGUGCACAUGGAACAGCAGAAGUCACAAGUGCAAUUUUUACAAAAGAUCAAAGGUUUGUUCUUUCCUGUGGAAAGGACUCUUCUGUGAAACUUUGGGAGGUUGGCUCUGGAAGAUUGAUCAAACAGUAUGUAGGAGCUACGCAUACACAAUUGCGAUGCCAGGUUGUUUUUAAUGAUACUGAAGAAUUUAUACUAUCUAUAGACGAUGCAAGCAACGAGAUUGUUAUCUGGGAUGCGUUAACAGCAGAGAAAGUGGCAAGGUGGCCUUCCAACCACGUUGGUGCACCACGCUGGCUGGAGCACUCUCCCACUGAGGCAGCCUUCAUAUCUUGUGGGACUGACAGGUCAGUCAGGUUCUGGAAGGAAGCUAUCUAGGUAUAUAUGGAGAAGCAUCGGAGAUAACUAUAGCCUCAAAAGAGUUAGAUCUAGUAAUAUUUAUCUUUUGCGCAUUAUCCAUCUGCACCUAAAUGUAAAGGCUGGUCUUUUGGUAAACAUUUUGAAAUGUGAAGCACUAAAAUUUCCCUCAGAUUGUCAAAUUGGUUGCUUUGUUGCUAUUUUGUGUCCGAUUAGAGCAUCCAAGUUUCAUGCUUCCAAUGAACAAUUCAGUAUUUUUUUUUUCA